GAUCUGAUUGGUCAAUGCGAAGCUUUCGUAUUUUGAAAACUUGGCGGUUGCAGUGGGAAGGUUCUAUCCAGGACAGCAGAGAGUAAGGGCCCGUGGUGUAACAGUCUGAGAGGAAAAUAGUAAGCCAGGCCGAUUAGUGGGGACAGCAGAGUAACCCUGAUACAGGAGGUAGGAGUUGCGGAGAAUUUACUGUGGUAAGGACGCUGCCACUGAAAGAGUCGGAUAGAAGCCCAGGGCUAAGCGAGAGAAGGCUGAGAAGAAGUGACAUAUCCCGGCGUAGCUCAGUGUGACUUAGUAUCUGUAAAGUUUCAGGCCCUCCUCUGUGUAAAAUGGGGAAGGAUGAGGGCAUCCCCGUAAGAGUUGCCCUGCGCUGCCGUCCUCUGGUGCCCAAAGAACUUAAUGAAGGGUGUAAGACAUGCCUAACAUUUGUACCGGGAGAGCCACAGGUGAUAGUGGGCACAGAAAAAUCCUUCACUUAUGACUAUGUUUUUGAUCCAUCAACUGAGCAAGAGGAGGUAUAUAACUCUGCUGUUGGCCCUCUAAUUAAAGGAUUAUUUAAAGGAUACAAUGCCACUGUAUUGGCCUAUGGGCAGACUGGUUCUGGAAAAACGUAUUCAAUGGGAGGAGCUUACACUCACGAUCAAGAGAAUGAGCCAACAGUGGGAGUUAUCCCAAGAGUUGUUAAAGCUCUCUUUAGAGAAAUUGAGCAGAGGUCUGAAUGGGAGUUCCAUUUAAAAGUUUCUUACUUGGAGAUCUACAAUGAAGAAAUCUUAGAUUUGUUGUAUGCUGCACGUGACAAGACUAAUGCAAUCAGCAUUCGGGAAGACCCUAAAGAAGGAAUUAAGAUUUGUGGUUUGACGGAGCGGGAUGUUAAGACUGCCCUGGACACAGUGUCUUGUUUAGAGCAGGGGAACAGCUCACGUACUGUGGCAUCCACCGCCAUGAACUCCCAGUCCUCUCGCUCACAUGCCAUCUUUACAAUCUCUAUUGAUCAGAGGAAGGAAGGGGACAAAAACAAUAGCUUUCGCUCCAAACUGCACCUCGUUGACCUGGCAGGUUCAGAAAGGCAAAAAAAGACUAAGGCUGAAGGCGAUCGACUCAAGGAAGGUAUCAGCAUUAACCGAGGCCUGCUGUGUCUGGGAAAUGUCAUCAGUGCCCUAGGUGAUGAAAACAAAAAGGGUAGCUUUGUACCUUACAGAGACUCCAAGCUGACUCGUCUACUGCAGGAUUCUCUUGGCGGUAACAGCCAUACUCUUAUGAUCGCAUGUGUUAGUCCUGCUGACUCAAACAUGGAAGAAACUCUAAAUACACUGAGAUAUGCUGACAGAGCAAGAAAAAUUAAGAACAAACCUAUUGUCAACACUGAUCCCCAGGCUGCAGAGCUACAGCGACUUAAACAACAGGUGCAAGAAUUGCAAGUCCUGCUGCUUCAGGCCCACGGAGGAACUCUGCCUGUUUUGAACAGCAUGGAGCCAUCUGAUAAUCUCCAGUCCCUAUUGGAGAGGAACAAGAAUUUAGAGGAAGAAAAUGGGAAGCUGAGUAGGGAACUAAGCGAAGCAGCAGUACAGACUGCACAGUUCCUAGAGAAAAUUAUUCUGACUGAACAACAGAAUGAGAAACUGGCCAGUAAAAUUGAAGAGCUGAAGCAACAUGCUGCGUGCAAAGUGGACCUUCAGCGAUUAGUGGAAACACUGGAAGACCAGGAGCUUAAAGAAAAUGUGGGGGUUAUCCUAGACUUGCAGCAGGUCAUUAUGCAGCUCCAGGACGAAAGCUCUGGGAUAGCAGCCUCUAUUGAGGCUAUGACUGAAGUGGUUGCAUCCUCCCCAGAGUCGGAAGAGCCUAGGGACUCCGGAGAAAAACGGUCCUCUGAUGCAUUCACUACUGACCAUGCUUUGCGUCAGGCCCAGCUGUCUAAGGAGCUGAUAGAAUUAAACAAAGCUUUGCUGCUGAAGGAGGCCCUGGCAAGGAAGAUGGCCCAAAAUGACAGUCAGCUAGAGCCAAUUCAGAGCGAGUACCUGAAUAAUAUAAAACAGCUCGAGUCUGAAGUGGGAGCCCUGCAGAAAGAGAAGGAGGACCUUAUUAUGGCACUUCAUUCAGCCAAAAAAGACACCAACCAGGCUAAACUAAGUGAGCGACGUCGCAAGAGACUCCAAGAACUUGAGGGUCAAAUGACUGAACUUAAGAAAAAGUUAGGUGAACAGUCAAAGCUCCUGAAACUCAGAGAGUCCACAGAGAAAACGGUCACCAAACUGAACCACGAGAUCCAGGGAAUGAAAGUGCAGAGGGUACAACUCAUGAGACAGAUGAAAGAGGAUGCUGAAAAGUUUCGUACCUGGAAACAACAGAAAACUAAAGAGGUUAUUCAACUAAAGGAGAAGGACCGAAAGAGGCAAUAUGAGCUACUGAAACUUGAAAGGGAUUUCCAGAAGCAGGCCAAUGUCCUCCGCAGGAAAACCGAAGAGGCGGCCACUGCCAACAAACGGCUGAAAGAGGCCUUGCUAAGACAGAAGGAGGCCAUGGAGAAAAGGAAAGAUUCCCAGAACAGAGGCAUGGAGGGUGCUGCCUCUAGAGUAAAGAGCUGGCUGGCUAAUGAGGUUGAAGUGCUUGUCAGCACAGAAGAGGCACAGAGACAUCUAAAUGACCUCCUGGAGGACAGAAAAAUCUUGGCCCAAGAUAUAGCACAGCUGAAACAGAAGAAGGAUGCUGGCGAGCGAAUCCCGACCAAAAUGCGGAGGCGCACUUACACUGUUGCAGAACUGGAAAACAUGGAGGAAGAAUCUUCUGUCACCAAGCAGAUUGAGAGCUUAGAGACAGAGAUGGAGCUCAGGAGUGCUCAGAUAGCUGAUUUGCAGCAGAAGUUGCUGGAUGCAGACGCUGAAGAGGAAAUGGUGAAACGGAGGUGGGAAACCAUCACCAACAUUAUGGAGGCAAAAUGUGCUCUUAAGUACCUGAUAACUGAGCUUGUCUCGUCCAAAGUAGCGGUCAGUAAACUAGAAAGCAGCGUAAAGCAGAACAGGGCUCACAUUGCUGAUCUGCAAAAGACCAUCUUUGAGGAGAGGAAUCAGAUGGCAGAGAUGGAAACUGAGCAUCAGAGCCAACUCAUGCAAUUGGAGCAGCAACAUCAGGAGAAGAUCCUUUACUUGUUGAGCCAACUGCAGCAGAAGCAAGCGCCAGUACCUGUACAGGUGGAAGAGCCACCAGCAGAGCAAAUGACUGAGCGGGAGAAGCAACUAAUGGAGAGACUGAGGUUCCAGGAUGAAGAAAUAGAGAAAAUGAAGGAAUUGUGUGAAAAGAAUCAACAGUUGUUGCAAGAAAAUGACAUGUAUAAGCAGAAACUGGCCCUCCUUCACGUUGCAAGUGGAAAGAAGCUGCACAACAUCCUACCAACAGCUGUAUUGAACUCACCAGACUCGCCCUUUGAUUUUGUCCCACCUAAGCCAAGAGGCAAAAGGCGGACAAAUGCAAAAGCUGCUGCGGUUAUCUUAGAGGACCUGCUGUCCGAGUCCGAAUCAGAGGGCGAAUCGGAUGAUAAAAACUGGGAACCAGGAAAUAAUUCAAAACAGAGCAAGAAACUUCCAAGCGGGUGCUCAUGCAAGGCUCGUUGUGGUAACAAAAUGUGUGGCUGCAGGAAAACCAAGCAGAACUGCUCUGAUGAUUGUUUCUGUGACCCCUCCAAAUGUCGAAACAGAGAUAACAGUAUGGAUGAGGGAAAUGCAGACGAUCAAUCCCAUGAAUCUGAGAACUCUAUAAAGAUUGAUUACCCAGGAGAUGUAACAGCUGGGGGCUCAUUCUUCACUCCUCCCUGCGUGACACCCACUAAGAAGGUGCUACGUGAGAUAAGUGACAUUGGUCAGGUUCUGUCUAUCAAGCUGCAACGCAAGCCAAGCACUGUUCCUGCUUCUGUGUCUAUAAUGGAAUCACAGGAGAACCAAACCUCCUCCAUCUUGAAGAAAAAGAAGAAAGCCUUGUGCAACAGCAACACCAGCUUCUUCUCUGGCUGCUCCCCAAUUACAGAGGAUGAGUAGAGCCGGCCUCUCAGUCCCAUCCGUCCUACUGCUAUUUCCAUGUUUCACGAUACUCUUCAAUACCUAGUACCAUUAUAGUGCCUGGCACUGACUAAAGCUCUAACCAAGUACAUCUGUGCAAGAUAGUCACACCCAAGCAAAGCAGGUUUUAAUGCAUGCAGUCCCAUGCAGUCUGUGAUGGUAGCACGUGCUAUGGACAGCUGAAACACGUACUUAGAAAUUAGCAAUUACAAAUUAAAUAUUAACUUGAUUUGUAAAUAUUUAUGUGUUUGUGUAGCGGGCGAGCCCGUGUUUCUGUGUUGCAAGUCCAAAAUGUUUCUGAGCACUGGCUGGUGUUGCUUUUGGCAGUGGUCCAAAAUAGAUUUAGGAAAAAUGUUGGCCUUAAAUAUAGUGCCUUUUGAUACAGACAAGUUUAGUGUUAGCCAAAAGGUAACUAGUCAAACUGUGUAGUCUUAAAGCCAUCUGUUUUGUUUCAGUUUAUAACCUAAUAGCUAUUAGCCAUUUACCACUCCCAGCAUUCUCUUGGCAGUAUAGCUGAUGGCUGACUCAUACGGGUCACAUAGUCCUGUAACUGCUCUUUGCCCAGCAGGCAGCCUGCCCCUGGUCAAUAAUUUUCUCAUGGAUACCACUGAAAGCCAUGAUAGGCACCAUCUCCCCAGCCAGAACAGUCACCCUAAUCUUGUAGGUGUCUUAAGUCUUGUGCAGCUUCUUGUUCUAGACCUUUUAUGUAUAAUUUUAGCAGGAAUGAGUCCUACGUGGCUGUUCAUAUUUUUUUUAAUGUUUGUAAUUUUAUUACUAAUAAAAUAUAAACAAAU